AUGAGCGGUGAAAAUUUAUUAACAAAAUUCGAUGACUUGGUGAAGAGAUUUAGGAACGAAUUCAACGAUAUUAUUGAAGGGGAGCGAGCCAAAAUGAAGGCGGAACUAGACGCUUACAACGCAGAGAAGCAAAAAAUGAAAGCCGUCGAUGUCAGCGACAACGAUAUAAUAGAACUCAACGUUGGUGGUCACAAAUUAACCACCAGGAGAUCUACUCUUUGUCAAGUAGAAGGUUCGCUGCUCGCCUCAAUGUUCAGUGGACGUUGGGAGGACAGUCUCGAGCGCGAUAAAGAUGGCGCCAUAUUUUUCGAUUUCAAUCCCCAGUAUUUCCUUGUUAUAUUGGAUUAUCUGCGCGCGAAGAAAAUUGCCACACCAGAGAAUCCCGCGCCAUUGCCGAAAGUCGCCGAAGACCAAACAAAAAAUUUUAGUAAUCUUCUGGAAUACCUCGGUUUAAGCGAUGAAAUCGUCCCCGCUGAAAUAGCGCCUAGCGAGAAAUUCAGUGCGCACGGCUCUGGAGUUACUCUUGAGGAAGGCGGGACAGUUGAAGUUCGCGGUCCACCUGGAGGACAUAGUUAUGUUCUCGGUGAAAAUAUUUACCAACAAGGCAUUGUUCGCCUAAAGAUGAAGUUGGAGUCGUUUCACGAUAAUUAUUGGAUGUUGGUUGGCAUAGCGAAAGCGGAUGUUGUACCACCGAAUAACAAUUCACGUCAAUGGCCUGGUUCAUAUGGAUGGGCACUCGGGCAGUAUGGUCAAGUAUGGAAAGACGGGUCACAUACAAAUGAUGAUAAUGCUUUAAAAAAUCUCACUAAACAAGGCGACACGGUUGAGUUAGUCUUGGAUUGCGACGCUGCCAAGCUGUCACUACAUUUGUCCACUGGUCAACAAUUUCACAUCGAAAUACCCAAGUCACAAACCUGGAGACUCAAUGUAAAUUUGCUUUGCGCAAAUGACAGACUACGUAUCAUGAACAAAUAA